AUGGGCAUGGGCAAGGCAGCGGUGCCGUCGGCGCAGCCCCACAGCAGGCAGCACCCACAGCAGGUCACGCGGGCUGCAGUGGCAUUCACGCCUUGUGGCCAAGGUGCUUCCCCUUUGGCAGUGGCAACUGUCGCCACACACAUCACUGAAUGCGAACUGCCCAGUGGCAGUGGCUCCGCCUUCAUCUCUGGCCACAGCCAGAGGCCGGCUGGGCCGUUAGUGGUGGCAAGCGUGGUCCUGGGCACGGGGCCAGUGCAUGCAGCCAGUCUGGUGGUUGAGAAUGACAACAGCAUGGCACGGGACCAGUUUGCCGCCGAGCGCAACUUCCUCUCGUGGAUAAAGCUGGCCAUGGUCAUGGUUGCGUCAAGCGCUAUGACAAUGACAAAGUUCCAGCAGCACAUCACCAGAUUUACCCAGUUUGCAGACGGAGUCAGCGUGUACAUUAUUGUUCUAGCGAUGCUGAUAGUGGUCGUGUCAACGCUCCAUGUGGUUGACUCACAGGGCCGGCUGGCGAUCCUGCGGCGGACCAAUGCGGGUGUUCCGGCCGGUCGGUCAAUCUUUUCAAACAACAACGGCACCAGUUCGCACGCUCAAAGCCGGCACCUAUCGUACCAGAGCACAAGGUCAUCUACACCGUCCCUGACACACAUGGAGGACUAUCCGUCAUCGCCACUGGUCGCGCCCGUCACGCCUCUCACGCCCACGUCGCCGGGCACAUUCCCCACGCAGACAAAGGGCGGGGUCAGCGUGUUUAUAUCGCUGAACCAUGCACCCACUCUAUUCGCGCACCCAGGCAAGGGCUGUGAGCUGGGCGGCAACAUCGUGCUGGAGUCGGACCGAGUCAUCAAAAUCAAAUCAAUUGAGCUGCGCUUUAUCGAGGUCGAGUACUUUGAGUUCGGUGUGCCGCGAAUCACGCCGAUUCCGUUUGUGGUGUGGCCGCUGAAAUACACGAUGCAGCUACAGCCUGGCUCGCACCACAUCCCAUUCACCUUCCUGCUGCCCACCAGCCUUCACACCACCGCGUUCACAAAGUUCAACUAUUCGCAGUACGAGCUCAAGGCGGUCAUCAAGGCCAAGGGGUUCAGCAAGGAAAUUGAGGGGGUGCGUGAGCUCGAGUUCUUCCCAGUGCCGCGGCUGUACCUCACAGUGCCUGGUAAAAGCCCCUUCGCUACUACGCACAAUCUGGGAAAGCUCGACAUCACUGUCAACCUGCCAAGCCCGUUUGUUGCAGCCAGCAGCUCAUUCACGGUGGACAUGGCUUUCUCGCCCAGCACGCCGUACUACUACCUGGCCAAGAUCGAGGGCAAGUUCCUGGAGAUGAUAGAGUACACGCGCAACGACGGCACAGUCAUGUACAAGGACCCCGACCGCACAGUCUGCACAAUCUCCAAUAUUGCACCGCAAUGGCGCGAUCCAAUCCCGCUUGUCGACAAUGUCAACGUGUCGUUUGCCGUUGACCUGCCGAUCCUGAUGAGCACGCCGCCAAAGCGUGCGUUCGCCACUAACACCAGCCCGUCGGUGAUGCCUGAUCCCGUGAUCACCCCAUACAUCCUGUACGACGUCAACAACUCGCACCUCACUAUCAAGCACGUGCUGUUCUACGACAUCGAGCUGUGGGACAUCCGCGGCGCGCCCCACCACGUCAACAACUCGGUCCAGAUCAGGAUUCUGCCGCCGCUGCCUGCCGAUAUGGCGCCAAAGAACUAG